AUGUUCGAAAAUGUUUAUUUCUUUCAUUCGGUGGCAGCGAUGGGACGUGCAGGACUGACAGUCACGAUCUGGAUACAAAUAACAGCUUUGCUUUGUUUGUUUGACGGGUCCGCAGCGCAGCUCUCGUUCUCCGUUUCCGAGGAGGUUGACAAAGGAACGGUCGUGGGAAAUCUCGCUAAGGAUUUGCAAAUUAAUGUUGACGAACUGGAAAAACGGGAUUUACGAGUUGUGUCUGUGAAUUCUAAGACAUAUUUCGACGUGGAUUUAAAAACAGGUGCUCUCUAUGUUUGCGACAGGAUUGAUCGUGAAGAGCUCUGUCCAAACACGGCGAAAUGUUCCCUGAAUAUAGAAGCCAUUCUGAGUCAUCCAAUGCAUCUGCAUCGCAUAGAGGUACAAAUUGUUGAUAUUAACGACAACGCACCAUCUUUUCGCGAAAGGGAGAAGACUUUCAAUAUUUCGGAAUCGUCUUUUACCGGGGAGAGGUAUCUGCUCCCGAUGGCAAAUGACGCGGACACGGGCAGUAACUCGGUGAAAAGCUACAAGCUGAGUCCGAAUGAUUAUUUCUCAUUGGAUGUACAGAGCGGCGGACAGCACAGUGAGUCUGCUGAGUUAGUGCUCCAGAAAUCUUUAGAUCGGGAGAAACAGUCUGUUAUCCACCUUACUUUAACUGCUCUGGACGGAGGAAAACCUGCCAGGUCAGGAACAUUAAAAAUAGUUGUACAUGUUAUGGAUAUAAACGACAAUGCUCCGGUAUUUAGUCAACCUCUGUAUAAGGCCCAGGUCACUGAAAACGCUCCAUUUCAGACAUCCAUAUUGACUGUAACUGCUACAGACUUAGAUGAGGGAAUAAAUAGUGAGAUUGUGUAUUCAUUUAUUGAGAGGGGAAAUUUCAAUCCCGAAGCCAUGUUCUCCAUAAACCCAGACACAGGGGAGAUAACUGUGACGGGAAGAAUAGACUAUGAAGAGAAUACAGCAUAUGAUAUUCGUGUACAGGCAAAAGACAAAGGCACGCCCUCUCGAAGUGUGCAUGGCAAAGUGCUAGUGGAAGUAACUGAUGUUAAUGACAAUGUACCAGAAAUCAUUAUUUCCUCUCUCAUGAGCCCAGUUAAAGAGGACUCUGAAAUAGGUACAGUGGUCGCUUUGGUGACUGUGACUGACAAAGAUGGGGGUAAUAAUGGACUCACCACUGCUAAAAUUCUCGGAAUGGUGCCUUUUAAACUCAAGCUAAACUACAAAAAUUAUUAUUCAUUAACAGUCGAUGGAUCGCUUGACAGAGAGAGUGUUUCUCAGUAUAAUGCUACCAUCAUAGCCAGUGAUGGAGGCAGUCCACCUCUGUCCAGCACCAGUAUUAUUCCUGUUCACAUAUCUGAUGUGAAUGACAACGCCCCUCAAUUCUCAGAGCCUGUGAUUAAUGUAUAUGUCAAAGAGAAUAGUGCAGUGGGAGCAACUGUCUUUACUAUAACUGCAGUUGAUCCUGAUAUGGAAGAAAAUGCAAAAUUAACAUAUGCAUCAUUAGAUGGCAUUUCAAAAAGUAUUCCAAUAACAUCUGUUGUAAACAUCAACUCAGAGACUGGAGAUAUAAUCAGCCUGCAGUCUUUUAACUAUGAGGAGUUAAAAACCUUUCAGUUCAAAGUUCAGGCCACAGACUCUGGUGUUCCUCCGCUCAGCAGCAACGUGACUGUGAACGUUUUUAUUUUGGAUGAGAAUGACAAUAAUCCAACGAUUCUCGCACCAUAUUCUGAGCACGGCUCCGUCAACAGUGAGAGCAUCCCAUAUUCUGCUGAAGCGGGAUACUUUGUGGCAAAGAUCAGGGCUGUAGACGCAGACUCGGGAUACAAUGCGCUGCUCUCUUAUCACCUGUCUGAGCCCAAAGGAAACAACCUCUUCCGGAUCGGAACCAGCACCGGAGAAAUCAGGACUAAGAGGAGAAUGAGUGACAAUGACCUGAAAACUCACCCCUUGCUGGUCUUGGUUUCUGAUAACGGAGAACCCUCCCUGUCAGCUACUGUGUCUAUUGACGUGGUGGUGGUCGAAAGCACAGCUGACAUUCACACUCAGUUCAGACAUGUGCCCAUAAAGGAGGACAGCUUCUCUGAUUUAAACCUGUAUCUGCUGAUCGCCAUUGUGUCGGUCUCACUCAUCUUUCUGCUCAGCCUCAUCAGUUUAAUAGCUGUCAAAUGCCACAGGACAGACGGCACCUUCAGCAGGUACAGCGCCCCAAUGAUCACCACCCACCCUGACGGGAGCUGGUCUUACUCCAAAUCUACUCAGCAGUAUGAUGUGUGUUUCAGCUCAGACACGCUGAAGAGUGACGUAGUGGUUUUCCCCGCACCGUUUCCGCCUGUAGAUGCUGAACUGAUCAGUAUUAACGGAGGAGACACUUUUACCAGAACUCAGACUUUACCUAAUAAAGAAAAGGUAAGGGUUACAAUUUUGGACAUAAACGACAACGCACCCUCUUUUCGGAUACCGGGGAUUGUUUUAAACGUGUCCGAGUCAGCUUUUCCUGGUGAAAGAUUUACACUAGCAAAGGCAUUCGAUGCAGAUGUCGGCAGUUAUUCAGUAAAAGGCUACAAGCUGAGUCAAAAUGAACAUUUCACCCUGGAUGUGCAGAAUGGUGGAGAGCCGACUAUGUCCGCUGAAAUGAUGCUGCAGAAAGCCUUGGACCGGUCAGUUAUAAAUGUCAACUCAGAGACUGGAGAUAUAAUCAGCCUGCAGUCUUUCAACUAUGAGGAGUUAAAAACCUUUCAGUUCAAAGUUCAGGCCAAAGACUCUGGGGUUCCUCCGCUCAGCAGCAACGUGACUGUGAACGUUUUAAUUCUGGAUGAAAAUGACAAUAAUCCAACGAUUCUCGCACCAUAUUCUGAGCACGGCUCCGUCAACAGUGAGAGCAUCCCAUAUUCUGCUGAAGCAGGAUACUUUGUGGCAAAGAUCAGGGCUGUAGACGCAGACUCGGGAUACAAUGCGCUGCUCUCUUAUCACCUGUCUGAGCCCAAAGGAAACAACCUCUUCCGGAUCGGAACCAGCACCGGAGAAAUCAGGACUAAGAGGAGAAUGAGUGACAAUGACCUGAAAACUCACCCCUUGCUGGUCUUGGUUUCUGAUAACGGAGAACCCUCCCUGUCAGCUACUGUGUCUAUUGACGUGGUGGUGGUCGAAAGCACAGCUGACAUCCACACUCAGUUCAGACAUGUGCCCAUAAAGGAGGACAGCUUCUCUGAUUUAAACCUGUAUCUGCUGAUCGCCAUUGUGUCGGUCUCACUCGUCUUUCUGCUCAGCCUCAUCAGUUUAAUAGCUGUCAAAUGCCACAGGACUGACGGCACCUUCAGCAGGUACAGCGCCCCAAUGAUCACCACCCACCCUGACGGGAGCUGGUCUUACUCCAAAUCUACUCAGCAGUAUGACGUGUGUUUCAGCUCAGACACGCUGAAGAGUGACGUCGUGGUUUUCCCCGCACCGUUUCCACCUGUAGAUGCUGAACUGAUCAGUAUUAAUGGAGGAGACACUUUUACCAGAACUCAGACUUUACCUAAUAAAGAAAAGUCGUGGUAG